GAGGGGAAGUGCUUUCGCGGGAGUUCUAGCUUAGCGAGACCCUCUCGGUUUUCCACGUAUUCGUGCUUAUUAAUUGUUUUUACACUUUAGCGUUAUAUUACACAUGCGAUAUCAGUUGUAUGUAGGCUAUCCUGCUCGAGAGAUCGUUGAAAGAAGACGAUAAGCUCCUUGAAGAUUUAUUGGGCGUGCCUGAAAUUAUGUCUCGAUGACGCACUGGAGCCACUGAGCAUGACCCCUCCCCUAACACUAUUUUGACUAGAGCGCAUUAGCAUCAGUGGUUAUUACAGCUGACAGUUUGCUAGCUAGCUAUGCAUUUGUCACGCAAAUGCCUAUUUGGCUGCGAUCAUUUACGAAACAGCUUAUUUAAAUUCCCUAAAAACGAUGAUAUGAAAAAGCGGUGGAUUAAUUUUGUGAAGAGCCACCUUAAGGGAGAGCUGAGGAUGACCACCAACACCCGCCUCUGCAGUGAACAUUUUACACCGGAUAGUUUUACAAACUUCCAUAGGAGACAACUGGGAUUCACUGAUAAUCCGCUGUUACUGGUGAAUGGGGCCGUACCGACUAUCUACCGCCCCGGCCUUCAGCCUCCCGUCACGCCAAGAUCUGGUGCCAUCGUCGGCAGUACGAGCCCACCAAUGAGUAACAUCGCAGAGGUAAACGUGAAAGACUGUCAAGAGAACCUAAUGGAAGAAGAUCCCAAGAAAGAUCAGGAGGAGGAGGAAAUGAACACGGAAGAUACAGCACAGUCUUCAGAAGAGCUUGUGAUCGCUAAAGUCGAGGACCUAAAAGAUGAAUUGCCAAUGGAUGUGGACCAGACUAAAGAUCACAAUGGGAAGGCGGAGGAUAAACCAGAAGACGCAGAAAAAAUGCCAGCUACAGAAAUAAAAAACGAGGUGCCGGAGAUGCCCGCUGCAACGGUCACACAACCAGUGUUAAAAAGUAACACAAAAGCGUCCCUGUCCUCUGACCUGCUACCUGUGAAAAUCAAGGAUGAACCAAUGGAUGAAGAGUAUGAAACAGCAUCAACACCACAUCGACCAAUAGGAAACAUUAAGGAUGAGCCUGAAACCUCAGCCGACUUUAAGCAGACACCGGAAGAAUUCAAAAUCAGUGCUGUGUUCUCUGUGGGAGAAAAGAGUGUUGGAGCUCCAAUCGCUACCACAGCAAAUACAGCAGCCGUCCCUGUGGUUACACCACCUCCACUGGCCCCUAUUAUCCCAGUUGGUGUAGUCUGCACAGGCUGUAAGAAAGUUCUGCUAAAGGGCCAGACGGCUUUCCAGCGCAAAGGCUGUUCCAAACUCUACUGCUCGCCUCAGUGUCUCUGUAGCACUUCUAAUCUGGUGGUCAAGUUACCCGAGAAGAAAACGUGUCACUGGUGCAACAAAGAUAUUGUUGACCUAAAGGAAAUGGUCAAUGCCCCGGACACAUCAGGGGCUAUGAAGGACCUCUGCAGCCAGAAAUGCCUCCAUGCUUCUACAUUCAGGUGCAGCAGGUGUCAGAAGAAAGCUGUGUGUUACACUCACCAAGUGAACCUCAUGAACUCAGUCCAUAAGCUGUGCAGCGAAGUCUGUUUCAACCUGUUCCGCACCUCCAAUAAUAUGACCAUCAACUCCUGUUUGAACUGCGGUGCGUUCUGCGCCGAUGGUUCGUGUCCCACUCUACAGAUAGAGGGCAACACUGACAAGUUCUGCAAACAAAUCUGCCUCACAGCCUACCUAAAGAAAACUAAAAAACCUGUUGCUUGCAAAAUAUGCCGUGCCAUCCGCCCGACUGCUGAAAUGGUGGACAGUCCAAACUCAGAGGGCAUCACAGAGCUCUUCUGCUCCACUUCCUGUGUCACAGCAAAUAAAGUCCAGACUGUCAGUUCUUCAGGUGCUGCCGUGGAAUGCAACAGCUGCAAGAAGAAAGUACCACCUCAGUAUCAUCUAGCCAUGUCUGAUGGAACCAUUCAGAACUUCUGCUCAUUUUCCUGUGUGGUGUCAUUUCAGGAGUCUUUAAGUAAGAAACCAUCUCAAAACCAGGUUAAUACAAUUACCUCUACAAGCAACAUCAUACAUACACCGGCACCUGCUCCAUCCAAACCUGCCACAGCGGAGUCCAGCUCAUCAACAAAGACCAAUAUACCGUUGCAAACAGUCACCAAAAUCCCUUGUGCUCAAUGUCUGCUAUCAUUCUUCCACAAGCCGGAUCUGCUGGAGUUCAGGAGAAAAAUGUAUGCUUUCUGCGGUACCGUUUGCAUCGAAGAGUUCAAAAGAAUCAACAACGUCAUGGCUCGCUGUGAAUACUGCAAAAUCGAUAAGGUUGUGAAGGAGGUCAAAAGAAUCAACAAGAUCGACCGGUCUUUCUGCAGCGAGGGAUGCAGGUUACUCUAUAAGCAUGAUCUGGUCAAGCGCUGGGGCAAGAAACACUGUCGCAACUGCCUGUACUGUAACGGUUCAUCUCAGACUUCAGUAACCAAGGUUAUUAAUAAGAAGGAGGAAGAGUUUUGUGGAAACGUGUGCUUGUCGCAAUACAACAUGAUUCUCAAGCAGGAGAUUAAGUGCACAAUGUGCAAGCAGGCCAAGAAGAUGAAUGAAACUGUGAAAUGGCUGGGUGAGAUUAAGCAUUUCUGCAGCCUGCAGUGUCUGAUGUUCUUCUGCAGUCUGCAGGGCACCACAGGGACGGCCAUUAAAGCUGCAAGCAAAAUUCUGCCUGCACAGGGGACAACGAGCCCAGUAAUACCUAUAUUGCCUCAGAAUACAGUUAAUCGCACACCAGCGGCUACUAAAGAAGCCACACCCGUCAUUGCCAAUGUUAUAUCGCUCUCAAGUGCACCUAAUGCACAGCCAGGUGUCUUGGGAAACACAAUUUUGCAAGGCGCUGUUCCAGCUUCUACUGUCAAAGUGACAGGACAAUUUUGUGCUAGUACGCAGACAGACGCUGUGAAGACUCCUACUCAGCCACCCAAAAUCCUUAAGAACAAGGCUUUACUGUGUAAACCCUUAAGCCAAAACAAAGGCACAUCCUGUAAACCCAAUGUAUGCAACGCGGACACGCAAACAGAUGCACCUAAUUUCAUGGUGUUGCCUGUUCCAGUGCCAGUGUAUGUGCCAGUUCCCAUGAAUCUCUACAACCAAUACACACCACGGCCUGUGGGCUUUCCGCUGCCGAUUCCAGUGCCCAUGUUCUUCCCUACAACUCUGGACAGUGCUGAACGCAUUGUGAAGACCAUCCAGGAAAUCAAAGAGAAGAUCCCUGAUGAUCCUCUGGAGGCUGAUCUCAUCAUGAUGGCGGAGAUGGUGGCUGAGGACGCAGAGAGGGAGAAAAACAACACUACUAAUGACCAGACUGCUAACCUAAUGGACGACCUCGAUUUGGAAGCCUUAUCCAGCAAUCUAAGUUGGGAAGAGGAUUCUGUCUCUUCUGCCCAGACGUGGGAUCCAACCCCAGAGCUAGAGAAAGCACAGUCUAAAUCUGUUUCUCUGACCAUCACCUCUGCCCCAACAGAAAAGCCACAGAUGGAUCUGGAGGCUGAUUUUCCAGUCGAGAGCAUUGAACUUUUGAGAGGACAAACGCAAGAGGAGCCGCAGGUGGUAUCAAAUUUUGUCAAACGGAGACUUCGCAGAAAAGGUCGAGAUGGCCUCCCUCAAAAGAAACGGGCCCGUAAGAGUGCGACACCGGUAGUGGCAACACCAGCCCAAAACACUCAGACUAACCUCUCCCAACUGCAACAACAAUACGGCGUCAGUGCUUGGAAGAACUGGGUGCGCUGGAGGAAUGCCCAACCUCAUUUGGAGACUCCCAAAUUUGGCUCGCGAAGCAUGACGCUCAAGGAGGACUUGUUGAAGUGUAGCACUGCUGAGUUGAGCUACGGCCUCUCCAAGUUCAUCUCUGAAGUUUGUCGACCCAAUGGAGAGAAUUACAGCCUUGAUAGCAUCUUUUAUCUCUGCUUAGGCAUCCAACAGCAUCUGUUUGACAAUGAACGGAUGGAGAACAUAUUUGCAGACGUCUGCUACAGCAGAUUCUGCCAGGAUAUGACCAACAUGCUCAAAGGAUGGACACCCACUAUUUUGCCCAGUGGUUAUGUUCAUUCUCGAGUAGAGGAAGAAUACCUGUGGGACUGUAAGCAGCUGGGGGCGUUCUCACCCGGCGUGCUGCUGAACACACUGCUUUAUUUCUUCACCAAGUUCUUUAACUACAAAACAGUGGAGCAGCAUCGUCGCCUCUCUUUCGGCCACGUCAUACGCUGCUCUCGGAGCAAGGGCAGCGGCAAAGAGGCCUGUUUGCGUUUCUACCCGCCCAAAGAGGAGGCAAACACAGAUGGAGUGCCGGCAAAGAGGAGAAAGGAGGAUGAAGAAGACAAGGAAACUGCGCUAGAGAUAAAAGAGAAUUCUCAGAAUGCCCUACGCUGUCCGGUCAGGCUGUACGAGUUCUAUCUCUCAAAAUGUUCUCCCACCGUGAGACAGAGCACGGCCCAGUUUUACUUGAACCCUGAACGUUCCUGUGUCCCAAGCAGUCCCAUGUGGUUCUCCACAUCCUCGUUGAGCGAUGAGACUCUGGAAAACAUGCUCGCCCGCAUCCUAACUGUUAGAGAGCUGCACCUGCAGGAGGACAAAUCGCCCCAUGAAACAGAAUCUGACAGUGACUCGGAUUGAGAAACAGACCACAAACGCACAUAAAUGACUAAAGCAAUGUGUCUAGAAAUAUUUCUCCAUGAUUAAACACAAAGGAAUUAAGGCCGUACAGUUUUUUUCUCAGCGAUCGAGCAUGAACGUAUAUUUGAGAAAUUCUCAUGUGAAGAUGACAGUGAAAACUGAAAUUGUAUGGGCUGUGGAUAAAGUUUAUGCAGUGUGACAUUACACAGCUUUUGGAGUCACUUUUUAUGUUAUGAUGAAACACUAAAGCGUUCUUGAUCAGUCAGUGGCUGAAGAUUGUGCUCUUUGUUCAUUUAAAAUAAAAGUAUUGAGCGUUUUUAUAGUUAUUUGGCAAUCAUACAACUGUUUUUCUGCAUGGAUUUUUUUAUCGGAUAAAAGCAUGAAACUCUAAAUUUGAGCCUUGUGUGUUUUAGGCUAUAGGCUAAAUCAAGUGGGGUUAAAAUUGACAUAUUAGCCAUAUCUGUCUUAAAGUUCCACACAGAGUGAUAUUACCAAUUUAUUAAUACUAAUGAAACGUAUGCGGAAUUAUCGGAAAUAUAAGUUUGCGAUGUAAAAAAAAUUGGACAUGAACGUCCUCUUAUGUCGCGUUUCUCACUGGUAAAUUGGAAAUAAUUUUGAUUCCCGAGAUGGCCGGGCCUUAAACUUUAAACAUGGCGGAUAGGAGAAGGAUCUGCGGUGACGGAUGUUUUAUCAGCUUCGUUGACUUAAAUGGUACAUAUUUGAAUAAUCAUUUGCGUCAUUGCGUAUGUUUUCUACACAGCGAGAAUAGCAUGUAACGUUAACUUAUUUCACCGACAGAA